GGAACUGGUAGUUGUUUUUCCUGGGAAGAUUUCACUUCCGGUACAAACACAUGUCAAGGGUGAUUCUAUGGCGUGUGGUCGCUUUACUGUUUUGCCUUUACUCCGAAAAAGUCAAUUAAUUUUGGAGAAUUAUAAAAAUGACCAAUUUUCCUUUCUCAGCAGGAUUCCAUUUCGGAGAAUGUCGUACCAGAAAAGAGAUGUUGACUUGUCCGUAAUACGCAAAACAUUGCAUUGCGAUACACAUGCUCUUGUUCAGCAACUUCAGCUACGAGGCUUCACCAUUGAACAAGCUGAAGCUAUCACCGAAGCUCUUGUCGAAGUAGUUAAUAUGACACUUGAACAACAAUCUAAAGAGAUGGUUACAAAAACACAACAGGAAAUUGUAACCCAGCAAUUACUGGCUGAAAUUGCAGCUGUUAAGAAGGACAUGAUCAUUCUUGAGAAAAGUGAAUUCUCAAACCUACGCAAUAUAACAGAAAAACAGAGUAGAGAUAUAUUGCAACUAAAGGAUACUGUAAGAGAUGAAGUGUCUAAAUUGGAAGGGAAAAUCUUACUGGAUGUAAAUCUCGAAAGAGGCCGUACCAACGAAGAGUUUGCUGAUAAAGAAACCCAAAUUUCGAAUAUCAAUAAUAAAAUUGAUACAAAAAUUGCUGAUCUCCGCACAACAUUUGAGCAACACAGAAAUGAUGUCCUGAAAUAUGCUGGAGGAACCAUUUUCUCGUGUCUGACAAUUUCUCUUGGUUUUUAUCGUCUAUGGUCCUGACCACAACUCAAAAUCAAUCCAACAAGAACUUACAAAUCAAUAUAUUUUUUAUUUCACUGUUGAACCAAAUGGAGAGACUUGAAAUUUACAAACUUCCAGUGGUCAUAAGUUUGCUGAAUAUGAGCUUUUCUAAGAAUUAAUUAAAUGGUAAAAUUCCCCUCCCUUCCAUUAAAAAGCUCAGGUGCACACACAGACAUUCUUCUUUAGAUAUUUUAAUUAAAUAAGGCAUAACCUGCUCCUUUGUCUGCAAGUUUAAGGAUGGAAAAAAAUUGUAAUAUCACAUAAAAUGGUGUUUCGAGACAAAAUAUGGACGGAUGUUUACUUAAGUCAAAAAUCAACGUAGUAUUUACCUAGAAGCAUUUAAGAAAGAAAUGCAUCCAUAUCUAGAAAAAAAAAUACAGAUUUAUUCCUGUUUUGUUUUUUAGAAUAUAAUUGAAGAGAAAGCAAGUGGGAAAAAAAAUUAGCCAAUGGUUAUAAGUCCAGGUGUGAAUAUGAAUAUAAUUAAUAGUCAUCAUCAGAGUCAUCCAUUUGAACUCUUCUUCGGUCAAACUGAAAAUAUAUGGAAAAAAAAAGAAUUUGAAUUUUUAAUGUGAAAUUAUAUAACACAUAGGCAGAUACAUGUAUUUAAGUUGUUAUGCAUUUGAUAAAGUAUAUAUUUUUUAAAAAACUGGGAUCAAGGUGUUUUUGUGAAUUUCUGCCAUUCACCUGAAUGAUGCACAUUUCUGCUUUCCACAAGACUGAAUCUCUAAAGCUAGAAUGUCAAUCUAUCACCAGUUAAUUUUCCUAAGGGUAGAAGUGAACCUGGCAUUCUAAGAGGUUUUAAAUUUGCAAUGCUUGUAGUAACAACUCAAACCACUAUGUGGUCCCUUCAAACAGCUAGGUGGACUGCACUACUUAGAACUAAGUGACUUAGUCACGGGUAUAUUACAAAAUGCUGGCAAAAGACUGCAAAUGUCAACAAAGUACAAUCCACCAUCCUCUCAAUUGGUAACUUAUCUUGUAUUUAUUUCUUGGUUAUUCAUCUCUUGGAUAUACAGAUAAACGGAAAAAAUACCCUAUUUUAUAAUGUUUAAUAAAAAUCUGAUCAUAAAA